AUGAUCCUGAAAGAUAAAAAGUACUUCUCAUAUUUGGAAAUGAGAGAAGCCAGUGUUAGUACUAUUUCAGGAAAAACAAACAUCAUUGAAGGCUCCGGAAUAGCUAAUCUAUUAUUGGCUGGAGGAACAAGAUUGUGCAUCACUGAUGCCUUGUAUUCAAGCAAGUCUUAUAGAAACUUAUUAAGUUUUAAGGAUAUCCGUAGAAAUGGAUAUCAUCUUGAGACAACAAAUGAAUAUGAUACAGAAUAUAUCUUCAUCACCAAUAUGGCAUCAGGUGAAAAAUGCAUAUCGGAAAGAUUGCCUGAAUUUUCCUCUGGUUUGUACUAUACGUACAUUAGCAUGAUUGAAACAUAUGCAAUUGUAACCCCGAAGUUCACAAAUCAUGACGAAUUCUGGCAUGAUCGAUUGGGUCAUCCAGGAUCAGUCAUGAUGCAAAAGAUAAUUGAAAAUUCAUAUGGUCAUCCAUUAAAGAAACAAAGAAUACCACAAUGGAAGGAAAUAUUAUGUCCUGCUUGUUCCCAAGGAAAGUUGGCUAUAAGACCAUCACCAGAGAAAUUGAGAAAUGAAUCUAUCAGAUUCUUGGAACGUUUACAAGGGGAUAUGUGUGGACCAAUACACCCUUAUUGUGGACCAUUUAGGUACUUUAUGGUAUUGAUUGAUGCAUCAACUAGAUGGUCACAUGUUUCAUUAUUAUCCACCCGCAACUUGGCGUUUGCGAGGUUACUUGCUCAACUAAUAAGAUUACGAACUCAUUUUCCUGAUUACCAAAUCAAGAAAAUAACAUUGGAUAAUGCUGAAUUUACAUCACAAACUUUCAAUGAUUAUUGUAUAUCUUUGGGAAUUGAUGUGGAACAUCCUGUAGCACAUGUUCAUACGCAAAAUGGUCUUGCUGAAUCAUUCAUCAAAUGUUUACAGCUAAUUGCAAGACCAUUAUUUAUGAUAACAAAUCUCUCAGCCUCCUGUUGGGGCCAUGCCAUUUUGCAUGCAACAAAUUUGGUUCACAUCAGGCCAACAAGUUAUCAUGAGCAAUCUCCAUUGCAGUUGGUUUUUGGAAAUGAGCCUAAUGUGUCCCACUUGAGAAUAUUUGGUUGUGCAGUAUAUGUACCAAUUGCUCCACCGCAACGCACAAAGAUGGGACCUCAGAGAAAGUUAGGAAUUUAUGUUGGAUAUGAGUAUCUUUCAAUCAUUAAAUAUCUAGAACCAACGACCGGAUAUUUGUUUACAACCAGAUUUGCUGCCUGUCACUUUGAUGAAACAGUCUUCCCAAAAUUAGGGGGAGAGAAUAAACAACCAUGA